GCCUCUUCUAGAAGCAAUGUCGUCGAUCCACCUGAGUCAGCUACUUCUAGCCCGAGGGUAACCGAAAUCCACGACAACAGGGAGGCGGGCAGUGGUAGUACUACUAGUCCAAGAGGAGCUAGUACACCUGAGGGGGCGACCAAGAGUAAGGACAAGAACAAGGAGGCAGUUACUACCAGGCCAAGAGUAAACCUAAACGGCGAGAAAGCUACUACCUCCGAUACGAACAACAACAACAACAACAUCAAGGAAGCUGGAGGAAAGAUGUAUCUAGAAGCAAAAGAAAUAGACUUGUUAGACUUAGAGUUAGACGAGUUAGAAGGAGAUUGGUCCGCAACAAAGAGCAAUAGCAACACAGGCGCAGCGGAGAUGUUCGCCAAACUUGUUGCCUUGGAUAACGAUGACGAUGAGGCCCUUUUCGAUGGACGAAGAUUUCGCGCUGGUGGCCGUUUUGCUUUACGGCUCAUAAUCAUUUAUCUUGAAGACUACAGCUGCGCGCUGCGUAUCUAUGGCCACUUCUAGGGACGGCGCUUUCAGGGAUAGGAUACACACAUAUGUAUAUUCUGCGCCGCCGGGCUAGCAUUUUUGCGGCGCAGAGAGCGCCGUUCUCUGACAAUGUCUAGAGACGGGACGGCUACAGGAAGAAGCGUGCACAGUGCUCGUGAAAGGAUGCCGGGCCGCGUUUGGACAAGUUGACCACAUUUCGCGCCAUUGGUCACGAAUUGUGGUCAACUUGUCCAAGACCGUGGCGGUGGCGGAGUCGCUGCUGUUGGUCCUUGGCCACGCUUUGAGUGAAAUGAGGGGCAUGAGCAGACCACAUUUCUGCGCGCGCGAAGUAAGGGCAAACCGUUGGACAAGUUGACCAGAUUCCAGGUCCACGUCACGAAAUAUGGUCAACUUGUCCAAAAGUUAGGGGGCGUUGCUGCGCCGGCCUGUGUUGCCAAUGCGGGGGCUAGCAGGCUCUCAUGAGCACACUGCGGGAGGCGACACAGAAGGCGCUGGCAGUGCUUGGCCGAUGUUUGGACAAGUUGACCAUAUUUCGCGGCAAGUGCCCCGAAAUAUGGUCAACUUGUCCAGGACAGUUGCUUGGCCAAGUUGAACGCCUAGUGGGGCGCUGAAGAAGAUCCCAAAAAUCCUUUCUAAGCGAAGCCCUUAAGAGACCCCUCUUAUAAGAGGAUCCUCUUAAGAGAGGGCGUUUAGGCGAAGCCUUUAAGAGGAUUCUCUUAAGAGAGGUCCUCUGAGAGAGCCUUUCGAAGAGAGUUCUUUACAAGAUUCUUUUAAAGGAAUUUUCUAGAAAAUAUCUCUAGAAAAAGUUUCUAAGGCAUUUCUUUAAGAAGCGGCUUCUGCUUAAGUUGUUUUUUCUAGAAAAUUUUUGUAACGAAAGGUGAACUCAUAAUUAUAAUUAUCAGUCUCUCCUUUAACCUAUCUCUCUCUCCUUGUUUACAACUUCUUGGAGCUUGAGAGCAAAUACAGCGUUUCUCUUGUUAGUAUGCUUCUUGGAGUCCUCUGACUCAGAGACAUCUGUGAGCGACGUAAGAGAUGAGUAUAGAAAGUCUGUGAGCGCUAAUUCCUGCCGCUCUUUCAUGGAUAGUAGAGACCCUAGUAACCUACACGGAGCGCUUUACGAAACACCUCGAACAGUGUUAAGGCUCAUAAUGUUUUUUUUUCCGCGGACGCAGUCGUCACAGCAAGUUGUAGCAACUUGUGUGUCUCGAUUUCCUUCAAGCAGAAACCUGCCUCUCGAAAGUUCUGAGACUACAUGAUUAUGAUCAUGAUGAUCUUCGUAAAAUAAGAUGAACUACUAGUCUAUCCAUAUUCGAAGGAUGAAAUUCCUUAUCCUUGAUAUCGAGAGUUGCUUAAUACGCUUAUGAAUGCAUAUGGUGCUCUAACAAUGGUCAACAUUUUUGGUGGGAACAUCUCCUCGCACAGCAGCUUCGGAGGAGGAUGCAGCAGUUGAGGGCUCAGGUCAGAACGGCACAACUUCCAAGAAGGGAGAUAGUUUAUUCCUUGACGACGUAUUUGCCGAUGCUUUGGCCUUCACUGCCGAACAUUAAGGGUAACUUUUUUUAGGUGUUCGUGUUUUUACCGUUUGUUUUGCCUCUCUCUCUCCUGAGGCUUCUCCCGGACGAGAGAAAAGCAAAAAAACGGGGCAGACGGGUAACAGAAACACAAAAAGGCUACGUCUAAGAUCAAGUUGCUGCCUCGAAGUCGCAAAAACCUGCUGCUCUAAAAGCAGAGUCCUCCACUUUUAAGGCUUCUACCGCUGGUGCAUCUUAGUCUUUCUGUCUAGGACUGUAGGACAAGAACCUCGACAGGGCAAGUACAGAAGAAGGAGCAAUAUAUUAAGUACAAAACAAUGAAUAUAUUAACAAGAGGGCGGGUCCGGUCGUGGAACUACAAGAACCACUUUGAUCAAAUUUUUAGACCGCACCCACUCUCUCACGAGUCUACUAGUAUCAUAUGUCGCACAGGAGCACAGGGACGAUGUAGAUCGACGCAGCAGCUACGGAGGUGUGCCACCCUAACUUCUAAUUACCCUAUAUUAAAAGUGGCUGCUCUCUUGAUAAAAGUGGCUGCUCUCUUGAUAAAAGUGGCCCCUCUACUACUGUGUCUUCGUUAUCUGUCUAGUUGUUAACCGAUAAUGCCCAGCGCAGCGCGUGCUUGCUAUACUAUAGUAGACUCCUGCUCCUGGCGUCAUCAUCAAUAUUUAUACAGGAGCCCAGGGACGAUGUAGAUGGACUAGCAAGGGACGAUGUAGAUAGGCGGGGUCUACUAAUUCUUCCCCAUCCUCGUACUAAUUCGUCUUGGGCUUUGCCGUCUUGGACUGAUUUUUUCGCGCCACUCAGCGGGGCUCUCUCCACAUUCGAAGUGGACGCCGACUCUACUUAAGGGUAGGCUAUACUAGGUGCUUUUGUUACCGUUUGUUAUGGCUCUCCUAAGGGGGCAGGAGCCAUAACAAGCGGGAUAAACGAACACCAAAACAAGCCUACCUCUAAUCUACAACGCACGAUCUAUUCGAGACUGGUAACUUCACCUCCCAUGACACCCUGGAAACUGUAGCUGGCACAGCAAAAGCAAGCCCCAUAAAAAGCUUAGCAGAAGCGGGAUCAACUUUCGUCCCUACAACAGUUACGGUGUUGUUGACCUAGAAGAAGGUGUUGUUGUUGACCUAGAAGUUGCAUCGUAAUCGUACCUUCGACGUCGAAGGGCGAGACGCGCAUGGAUUUAUUUUAAUGACCCACCCUUGUUUUUUUCGUCAACCAAGAAAGGGGAAAAUGAUAUAGACAUCGAUUAAUGUUGGAUAGACUUAAUAGAGUUGGAGUUUUCAGACAUGCGACUGUGAGAAAACUCCAACUAGUACAUCUACAACUUACAACCGCUGAACCUAAAGUAGAAGCAGGACCUCACUCUCAGCCUCACAUAAUAUGAAAAUCGUAGAUACUUCUACAACUUCUCUUAACAUAUUACUUCUCCUUUUACUUUUGGACAUGAUCCGCUAUUCCAUGAUUUACUCUUAACAAACUUCUGCUUCUCUUAAGAACAUCAUCUAAUCUGCCUAGAAAUGGGACAACUGCUGCGUCUUUUACGCAGAUUGCUUUUGGCACUAGAAGAGGGGAAGAAGACCCCUGGCCUGGACACCCUGACGAAGCGGAUCUGAUUAGGGGGAGAAAGAGAUGUAGCCUUUUCAUCUCUCUAUCUUAUAUUUUCUGGUUUUUGUUUUUUUUCGGUAGGUGCUCUGGGACAAUUUUUAAGGAGAGACGAAAGUAAGAGCGAGAGGUUGAUGGAAGUAAAACUUAUAUUUUUUUUAUAGAAACUUUUUAUAGAGCCAUUGCCAUAGCCUCAGACUUCCAUUGACUUACCCUCAGACUUGUUAGAACUAGACGUUGCUGAGUUUUCAAAUCAGCUCACUUCGUCUAGUUCUAAAUUCUUUAGCGGCCUCGUUUAGUCACCUGGUGACCUUCUCUCCACGACCUAGACUAGUGCUCCGGCUCAAUGAUAUACUUCCAUUCAUUUAUCCUUUAAAGAAUUUAGAACUAGACGAAGUGAGCUGAUUUGAAAACUCAGCAACGUCUAGUUCUAAAUUCUUUAAGGGUUGCUGCAACUGCAAGAAGUUGCUGAGAGUCAAUACCUAUGAGAACCUUUGUAGAUAAUGUCAAGGAGGAAGUUGUAAUGAUAAAAGGGCUUAGCCUCACUCAGGCUUAGCCUCAGACUUAGUCUCACUUACCAUUAAUGCAAUAUUAGAAGUUCGUAGAAGUGUAAAAAAUAGCUAAUGUUAACGGGAUCACGCAAUGCAAAGGAACAGAGAGUGACCAUCUAAGUAGACGCGUUAGUGAUGAUUUUGGCUCUUCAGUAGCCAACUAUGUCUGCUAGUUUUUCUAGUGGGCCCACACCUAACCUAACCUAGCCAUAGAGUCUAAUUUUUACUUUCCCGAAGCUGCGUGCUUGCUACGACUUAGCGCCGAAAUACACCCGGAAGAUUAAGGCUGCAUCGCCGAUGGUUCUGUGUGUAAUGUACAAAGUUAUAGCUAGCUAUUUUUAACUACCAUAUCUUUCAUUUACAAGGUCCAGCGACGCUCAAAGCACUAAGUAAAGCAACCGGCUAGCUUCGCCGCUUAUCCUAGGUGUAUCACUUCACUUGCUCCGGAUCAUUCUUCUCGUAUAUGCUGAUCAUUCUGCUUCCGGCCUUAGAUUUGUUCUGUAAUGAUCUUGUAUAAUAUUUGUAUAAUUGUUAUUGAAUAGUUUGACUCUGUUCUUCCUUGGUGAAAGCUACUGAGAUGUUGAGAACGAACCCAUGCCCAUAUGCAUACAACUUAGAGUUGCCUGAGAACAGCCGUAUAGUUCUUUAUUUGAUCAGACUAAGAACAGCACCCCACGGUCGGAUUCUCUAUAAGAGACGAUAGAGGUCACCCUGUGGAAGACGACUCAACCCCGAUCCUAUCGUAUCCUACACUAUUCUGUUCUAUAAUCCCAUCCGAUGCUUCUAGUAUCCUAUCCAUUUUCGCUAUUAGAGUCAUACAUCUAAGAAGAGACGGACGGAAGGACUACAUUUAAAGCGGCAGAGGGUAUCUCGUCAAAGGAUGACGAGGGAGGAAAAUGGGGCAUCUCAUGG